CUUCGGCGCGGCAAAUUUGCUCCAUUGCAGAAUGCGCUGGUCUCUCUGUGUGGAUUUGGAACCAGUGACUGUAAAUGCUGGUGGAAGGAUAUCUGAACAGACUGUUUUCUUUCUCCUGACACAACUUUAUCUGAGUAUUUGCAUGUCAUCAACGCGGCUGACAGGCGUGCGCAGUAGUUCUUCACACAAUUUGUUUGUUCAGAAUAGCACAUCUCUACCUCAGAUUGACUGUUUUUUGAACAGAACUUUGUUCAGAUUUUGUGAUAUAGCUUCUGUUUAUAUUGUACCCAUCACAAAAAAGACAUUUUCUUUGAAGUUAACGGCUUAUCAUCAGAGUUUCAACAUUACUUUGAGAAAAGAUACCUCUCUCUUUGAUCCGAAAAUGAGGGUGUAUGUAAAAUCUGGAUCCAUGAAUAGCUCUACAGAUACGAAAAGUGAUGAAAACCCCAUGUUUGCUGGAGGAGGAUUGACCGAUAGUUCUGUAUGGUGUCAUGGAUCAAUAAUCAAAGGUGUGUUUGAUGGGAUUAUUCAUACUUCUGAUGGCGUUUACUAUGUGGAACCGGCAAACAGAUACUCCAAUAACCUGCCUGGUAUUGAAAACAUACACAUCGUGUACAGGGAAGGAGAUAUAUACUUAGAAGACAAUGACAUUGGAGAUAAAGAUGAGUUUUUGUCAAUAAGAAAACGCUUUGCGGAAUUUGACUUUGAACAUGUUCAAGAUAUCCCAUUUUAUAAGGAGUAUCCGUCACGUCCCAAAAGAGGUGCCAAAACUCCAAUGGCUUGUUCCUUAAAACUGGUAGCGGAUCACCUGUUUUUCCAGCAUGUAGGAGAGAAGAGCGUGGCUAAAACAAUAGCUGAGAUAGCCCUGUUAGUGAAAGAAGCUGACUCCAUUUUCCGUUCAACAGAUUUCAGUGGUGACGGGACUAGUGACAAUUUGGGAUUUGUAAUAAGGGAUAUUGUAAUUUAUACCGACGAUUCUGUAGUGGGCUACAAACUUGGUGACACUAGCCUUAGUGUUGGCCAGUAUCUAGAGACAUUUUCUGAGUAUGACUUUAGUAGAUUUUGUUUGGCCAUGGCCUUCACAUAUCGCCAUUUUAACAGAGGUGUGGUCGGCCUGGCAUAUGUGGCAAGCUCCAGCAAAUAUUACUACCCUGGGGGCAUUUGUGAGCAGCGGGUAUACCUUAUGACCAAACAAAAAGAGUACAGUUUAAACAGCGCCCUGGUUACACUUGGAGCCCAUGGGGCCCGUCUACCACGUGCCAAGUCUAUUAUAACCGUGACCCAUGAACUUGGGCAUAACUUUGGGAGUUCACACGAUUUGAAAAGUGACAAAGUCUGCGCUCCCGGUGGAAGACAAGGUAACUUUCUCAUGUACCCUUAUUCUCAGGAAGGAACAAAACCGAACCACCUUAUGUUUUCUCCUUGUAGUUUAGCAAGUAUAAACCCUGUGUUGGCUAAAAAAGGUUACUGUCUAAUAGCACACUCUGGUCCCGUCUGUGGCAACGGUCUUUUGGAGAAAGGUGAAGAAUGUGACUGUGGUACAACAGCGUCUUGUCAGCUUGUAGACUCGUGCUGCACGCCCGGCGAUGCCCCGUUCUGGUCCAAGGACGACCCAUGUACAAUUAAAAGACAACAUGGCUACAUCUGUAGCCCAAGAGUUUCUCCUUGUUGUAAUCAACAUUGUCAGAUCUUAUCCGAGACAGAAAACCACGUGUGUAAAGACGAGACUGAUUGCAGUUUCGAAUCUUUGUGUGACGGGGUUUCAGCCUCUUGUCCUUCACCCAAACGAAGGCCAGAUGGCACAGUGUGUUCUGAUGUACAGCGCUAUUGUUUGUCGGGUGAAUGUCAGAACAGUCUGUGUAAAAUUUAUGGGCUUUCAAACUGUAUGUGUUCUGAGGAACACCGCCUCUGCGGUGUCUGCUGUACCAACUUUUCAGGUGGCUGUCAUCCAGUUGAAAUUUAUCUAACUCAAAGAAAUAUAAGUUUCAAUUUUACAGGGACUCUUAAUGUGAUAGCUGGUCAACCGUGUAGAGAUUACCAUGGGUACUGUGACAGAAAUGGUCAGUGUGUAAGAGUGGAUUCUGACAGCACCUUCCAGCGCUUCACACAUAUGUUUGGACUGAGGACGUCAAAAGGAAUCAGGGUGUGGUUAAUGUCCAACUGGUUUUAUGUUGUCCUAGGAGGGGUCGGUAUGUCGCUAUUAACCACCUUGUUCUGGGUCAAUGCCAGACGUUAUGACAACACCAACGCCCUAGCUAAGCGAACCGGGAAGCUAAUGCAGCUACUUAAUGAGAUUGAUCAUCAAAAGCAAAGGAUUAUUGUAAAACUUGAUCGAUGCCAGAAUUCAUUUGAAAAGAAUGCCUCUGAUCCUACGCUGAGCCGCAAAAUGGAUCGGGUGAUGGCGAUAAGCCGCCUAUUAUCUCUGUUCCCAACCUUGUCUAGAGAUGCGGCUAGUAAAGUGGUCACACAGGUGACAAGCGAGGAGGUGGCCGUCCGGUAUCUGCUCCUCCGUCAGUUGCCGCUCAUCAGUAUUGUAAAUAUCUCAUCCCCAGCCGAGGUCACGGAUACUGAACCAUUAGCAAUCAAUAAUUUACACUAACUGCAUUAGUUGAUAAUUACAGUUGUUUACAUUUGCCUUAGUUUUUUCGUGAAGAGAUGUAUUAAAUAUUUCAAUUUGUACCGGAUAUAUUUAUAUUCGUGUAAUACAUGCAAACACAUGAUCCAUGUGCAUGUGUGUUUGUGUCUAACUCCAUGGCGCCAGAAAGCAAUGUUUGCUUCUCAAAGGUUGAUAUAUCGGCGACGUAGAUGUGGUAUGGCCAGAUUUUUGCACAGUAGCAACCAUUAGAGAAAUGAGGACUAAAAGUAGGGAGUUAAACAGGGGAGACAACCCCAGUUGACAAUUAGCAUGCUCCACUAUCUGUCACUGGUCGAUCUACAUACAUAGUACAACUUGUGUCGCAUUAUAAACAAAAUGGGAAGUAGUUGAAGGGUGUGACACUUGUCCACUAUGGCCUUGCAUUAGUCACGUAGUUAUUGAAACAGUUGUGGAUAAACGUUUAUGGGAAAACAAAAAGAUGCGUGUAUGGAUGCCGGAUAAGGUCAUCGUAUCAUUCAUCGUCCGGCGAUGGCACGAAGGAGCGACCAAACGCUUCCACGAAUGGCCCUCCCCAAGAAUACUUACGUGACCAAAUCAGUGUAUUAUGUGCCUCGAAUCAGCGUAUUAUGGUCUUUAUUUCCAUUUACCGCUCCUGAUACUUGUCCAUUUGUUUUUUAAUACACCAGUAUGGAUUUGCUUAGGGUUGAGCGUUUAUUGUUAAGCAUGUGCACACGGGAGGCAGAACUGUAGACUGUUUGUUUCAGCCAGCCGCCUAUAUUCAGCUGUUCAUAAAAUCAGUCAUGCUAGGAACCAAAAUUGCCUUUAGUCAAUGACACGUAACAACACAUGGCUAUGUUGGAAGUUUAUAUUCUUGCACAGAAAAUGAGGUAAGAACACUUUUUCUAAUUCACAAUGUUAAACUGCAUAAGUUCGGUUUCGACUGCAAGAACUCUUUGACUCAGGUGAUGUCCUAAUCAUUCAAAAAACACUAGCAUGCUGAACACAGGGCAGAGUUCAAUAUGUUUUGUCGAAGGGUGACACCAGUUACCUAAACUGCUAUCAGCUUAAUUUAAACCCUGCGUUUGACACCCCAAUGUUAGACAUUGUGUGCACGUUUUAGUUUAAUAUAACCUUCAUAACAGAAUUUUAUUUUAUCUCUUGUACAUGAUCUCACGACAGCUUUAGAGCUGAAUGUUAUGAAAAUUUUGUUAUAAAAAAAUGUAGUGUUGAGUUUGUUGUAAAGCAAAUUACUCUUCACGCCCAUAAUAAUGACGUCACCCGAGGCAAUGAGUUCUUGGUGUUGAAACUAGGCUUAUGGAGUUAUAACAUUAUGAAAGUAUGCUAACUGCAUUUUGUGUGCAAGAACUUCCAGCAUAACCAUGUGUAGAGCUUUUGUUGUUACCUGUCACUCCCUAACGGCAGUGUUGGUAGCUAGUAUGGCUGAUUUUAAAGACAGUUGAGUACAGCUGGCUGGCUAAAAGAAAUAGACUGCAAUAAUAUAAACGUACAGCACAUCGACAGAGAGCUUUAGAUAGAAGUUAAACGUUCAAGUUUGAAGUUAGAUCUCACUAAAGGUGUAGAGCUUGUUGUGCUUCGUGUCACUAACGAAAGGCAAGUUUGAUAGCGAGUAUAGAAACAGACUAUGGUCUGUUUGUAUAUACCAAACAAAGAAAAUGUAUAUACCAAAAUGCACCACGUCACUUGUCCGGCAUCCAUAGACGUGUGAUUUUCUCGAACCAAGUUUCCUCUACCUCAAAGCUUGAAUGAUAACG